GUGACAGGCAGACUGUCAGGACCGUUGUGGUGCGGCUCAGAGUUUAUGUGUGUGUGAACCGAGGAUUUACUGAAUGUGUGCGUGUGUGUGCAGUAUCAUUCACACAGACGGAGCUAUCCUGUGUGUCUCAGGGAGAAUGUAAAGUGAAUUGAAGGAUUAGAAGAGUGUGUUGUGUGUGUGUGUGGCACUGGUCUGGAAUACUAAGUGGAUAUGUGAUCAAAUCUGGAUCGAGCCGCAAUGCCUACGGAAGAUUAUCCAUUCUCCACUGAUGUUUUACCGCCACUCCCGGAGGUCCCUGCUGGAGGGCCGGUCCUAAGCCCAGCGGGUCCCAUCAGAAACUCUGCUCUGAGAUAUUGCUCCUCACGCAGCAUGGACUCCACGCACUGCAACGAGCGGCCGGUGAGCUACGGCUCCACGUCUUCAUCCGCCUCCUCCCGUGACAGCCACUGCUCGCUGGGGGGGCGGCCGGUAUUAGGCUCCGCCCCCGAGAGGGAUCAUGAUUCUGGAGCCAUCCGACUGGAGCUGGUGCCUGCCCAACAGCUAGAGGAGGAGGAGACGGGACGACAAACACCUACACUGACCAAUCAGAGCCAUGCAGAUAUUCAGUCGCCGGAAGGACGUAAAGUCCAGUAUGUGGACCGAGUGGUGGAAGAAAUUCUUGAAACGGAAAAAACCUAUGUCCAGGACCUUCGCAGUAUAGUCCAGGAUUACCUGGAGUGCAUCAGCAAUCAGUCUCUUCUGCUGUUGGGAGAUGAAGAGAGGAGUUCUUUAUUUGGAAAUAUCCAUGAGAUCUACCGUUUCAACAGUGAUCUGCUUCAUGACCUGGAGAAGUGUAAUGCCAACCCAGUUGCCAUUGCAAAGUGUUUCGUAGCCAAG